AUGAGUGCACCAUUAGUUCCCAACAAGUCAUGUUACAAUCUAUUACAGACCAACAGAAAUGAGAUGAAAAAUAACAAUGAACACACGGUGUCUGUAGGAGAUACAAAUGCCAAUCAAAUCACAUCAGAUGUCAGAACCCCUGGAACAGCAAUAAGGACAAGCAAUAUUUCAGGAGAAACCGGUUGCUUACGCACCAGUGAGCAAGACCCUAUCAGACAGUUAGACUCUGAGAGGAACAACCUUCAGGGCACCACUGAUGAAUCAGAAUUUAUACUGCCUUCUACCAUCAGCAAGGAAUUGCAUGCAAAUUGUAGGCCUGCUGGGCUUAAGGACCCUUCAAAGCUAGUCACCAUAAGCCGGGGACACAGUUUGUCCAAUCUGAGGAUCAAUCCAAGUGAUAACUUUUCAGUGGUACUUUCAAAAAGUGAUGCUGAUCUCAUUCAGCAUGUGUCAAAGGAAAAAGCACUUAGAAGGAUUGAGCCAGAAGGAAUAAAACGCCUUUCUUUGGGGAGAUCAAGAAAACUUAUGGCUAAAACAGAAACUUUUGAAAAAGAAUUUGUUGGUCGUGUAUCAGGUAAACGCUUGCUUUCUGUAUCCUUGGAUUCCAUCAACACUUCACAUCAUUUGAGUGGGGACACGGACAAAUCUCAGAAGACAUCAGCAGACCACUUUUUAGGUAUGGUGUUCCAUCCAACUGAUAGCGUCUCAGAGGGAAACAUUGUACAUUAUUCUAAAUGUUCGUCUACCUCAGAAAUGGAAAAAGCAAAUGCCCCAGCCAUACAAGCAGGUGUGGAUAAUGUAUCAAAUGCCAGUAAACAAGGCACUCUACAUCCUGCUCUUGUUGACCUCCAUUUAACUGUUAAAUCCAAUGAAAUUUGGAAACCAGAAGCACAAAUUGACCAUCAGAGUGAUAAGAGAGGAAAAGGGGAGGUGAAAUGUCCUUUGCCUUCACAGUCUAAGCGUGUGUGUGAGCAAAAAAUAAACAAGAUUAUGUUAUUUGAAUUUCUUGGAUGUCCAACAGAAGAAAAUAAUGUGGUGGUACAGAAUCAGAAGGAUAUGGGGUCUGAAGUAUACAAGACAAAAUUACAUCAGUUGCCAAAAGAAGAUCCAUUUUUAAAUGAGGAAUUUGAUUCUAUCCGUGAAAGUCUGAUAAGUGAUAAUGGCUCUUCAGAUUUAGGAAAAGGAAAUCAUCACGGUAACAGCAAGGCAACAAGCAAAGCGAAUGAGGAAUAUAGAGCUGCAAAAGAGGUAGAUUCUGUUGUGGUUCCUGCUGAUGAUGCUAUACAUGUUGGUAAACUGACACCAACAAGGAAUGAAAACCUAUAUAUUACUAACACAAGUUGUAUUCCAGCUGUUAACGGGCACAUGUCUUUUAUGCACAGUGUCAGUGUGGCAGAGAGCAAACACCUGAAUAACAGUGAAAAUAAACAGAUUCUAGUCAAGGGACCUAGUGAAGAUGUUGUAAAUGUCCAUUCUGAUUUGGAAAAUCCAAAACCACAGAGUACAGGAAGUAUCUCGGACAAUCAUUUUAGCAUGCAGGACAAUGAUUUGGAAACCACAAGUGUCUCAGUUCGGAGCAAGAAGACAAUUAAUGAAAAGAAAGGGCUUUCACAUGACACACUGGAAAGCUAUAAAAUAAUAGCACAAAGUGAUACCUUUUUAUGUCCCCCAACUCCUUUGCGCCCUACUGCGACUGUGAAUGCCAGUAGCCCCAGCCCAGUGUCAAACAGCAGUUUAAAGGAACUUUAUGCAUUUCAUGUUGACAAGCUGCCAUCUUCUGCAACCCUACCUCCCACUGAGAGCACCGAGUGGUUUAGCCUAUCCCCUAAAGUGCCUAACAAAACUACUUGUAACAGUGGGAUCCCCAAGCCAAUCCUUAUACAUUCCAAGGGGCCCCAACCAGCCAACUAUGGUGGUGAGAACGAGUAUAUGGAGAAGCCUGAAGAUAAGGCUGAGACAAAUCCAGACAUCCCCAAGCCCAAACAUGUGAGGCCUAAAAUAAUAACUUACAUUAGAAGGAACCCUCAGGCGAUCAGCCAGCUUGAUCAUUCUUAUCCCCCACCUGGAUUGUCUUGCGUGCCCCCUGCUUGUGGGUUGCCAGUGGCAACUGAACAGAAAACAUUGAAUGAUGGAGAUAUUAAACCAGGCAACGUUCUCUAUGAAAGAUUUAAAACUGACUUUCAGAAGCCUCAGAUUUAUAGUUCUGGACUUGUAGUAUCUGGCAUUAAACCCUCGGACCAUCAUUUUAGUCAAAUGGGUGAAAAGUUUCUCCAGGAGGUUGGAGAAAGGCCUGCGAAAGACGAUUUUUGUCCUCCGCCAUAUGCUCACUACGAGGUGCCUCCAAGCUUUUAUCGCUCAACAAUGAUUCUUAAACCCCAGUUAGGACUUGGUGCCGUCUCCAGGUUGCCAUCUGCAAAAAGCAGGAUUUUGAUUUCCAGUCAAAGAUCUUCAGCAAGCUGCAUUCAUCCUCAAGCACCAGUACCCAGCUCCACACUUUUCCAUCCUGAUGCUUCAGUUGAUCCUAAAAAAGGCCCAAGUCCAAAUGCUACAAAGUCUAAUCUUCCAAAACCAUGUCAGUCUGGACUCCGUCCUCCUGGUUAUUCACGGGUGCCAGCUGCUAAACUCGCCACUUUUGGUUUCGUCAGGAGCUCCAGUGUUUCCUCAAUCUCAAGUAAAUCAAACAACAGAGUCCAGAAUGAUCAAAGCAAAACAGCCAACC